AUGGACACCCACCAAAUCUCUAGCUCCAUCCCCGAGUCUCACGUCCUCAUCAUCAUGACCGGCGGCACAAUCUGUAUGCAACGCUCACCCUCCGGCUUCAUCCCAGCGCGCGAUUUUCAGCAAACAUGUCUCGCCAAAAUACCUAUAUUCAACGACGGCUCACGGCCAUCCGUCAGUAUGGACGUUGUUGUGAACUCCUCAGGCGAAAAAAAGAAACAUGCGAGUUUGAGGACUCCGCCCAGUUUGUAUGAGCGUCAAGUACGGUAUACUGUUUUUGAGUUUGAGGAGUUACUCGAUAGUAGUUCGAUUGAUUCCAAGGGCUGGACAGAGAUUGCGCAGACGAUUUACAAUAAUUAUACGUUGUUUGAUGCUUUUGUCGUUUUGCAUGGAACGGAUAGCCUAGCUUAUACAUGCUCAGCACUCAGCUUCAUGCUCCAAAAUCUCGGCAAACCUGUCAUCCUCACAGGAUCACAAGCACCCAUGCUAGAACUGCAAAACGACGCCUCGGACAAUCUUCUCGGAAGUCUAGUUGUCGCAGGCCACUUCAUGAUCCCGGAAGUAUGUCUUUAUUUCAACUACAAACUGUUCCGCGGUAAUCGAACCACCAAAGUCGCGGCGAGCGAAUUUGCGGCGUUUGCUUCACCCAAUGCGCCGCCGCUGGCUGUCACGACCUCGAUGAAGACGCAUGUUAAUUGGGAUCUGGUGCGUCGGCCGACCAGCAUCCAAAAUUUCAGUAUUCAGACGAAUCUUGAUACGAGUAACGUUGCGUGUCUGAGGAUAUUCCCUGGUAUUAAACCAGAGAUGGUAGAUGCUGUUUUGCAGUUGAAAGGGCUGCGUGGGCUUGUUUUGGAGACGUUUGGAGCGGGAAAUGCACCUGGUGGCCAGGACAAUGCCAUGACCAAGGUGUUGGCGAGUGCAAUUCAGCGGGGGAUUGUUAUCAUCAACAUCACUCAAUGCCUCACUGGUCAUGUGAGUCCUGUAUAUGCGCCCGGAAUGACGCUUUUUAGGGCUGGUGUUGUAGCAGGACAAGACAUGACGACUGAAGCGGCAUUGACAAAACUCGCAUACCUGUUGGCAAUGCCAGACUCGACUCCAGAAUCUAUUGCCAAAGAUAUGGCCAAUUCUCUGCGUGGAGAACUCACUUCGCACUCUCAGACUGUCUUUCGACAUCCCGAGGGAGGUCUAUCGGAGCGAACGACGACACUUACAGCAUUGGGAUAUGCUAUAGCAAAAGGCGAUCUUGACAAAGUCAAAGAUUUGCUAAAAGGCGCGAAUGACUUGGUGGUUAAUGACAGCGAUUAUGCAGGGAACACUCCUGUGCACGUCGCCGCCAUUUCGCCAUCCCUCGAAAUUCUACGCUACUUCCUCCUUCAAGGCGCAUCUGUCCAUCUCCGUAACAGCGCAGGGCGAACACCGUUGUUCCUGGCAGCCAAUGCCGGUUUGACGGACCACGUUAUACUCCUCCGCAAAUCCGGCGCCCAUCUCCAUGCCGACGAAAGAGCGGUUGCAGAGAUGCAGGCGCGUCGAAGGCCAGGAAUAUGGGCCUUGGCCGGAGUUGGUGCGAGGAGUCUGAAGGAACGAGACGAGCUUGAGAGUAGUAAUCGUGGUGAUGGCAAUGAGCCCAUCAAUAGUAAUCCCGGAUAUGGAAAUGCGCAGACCAUCGCAGGGUCAGCACCAGUUUGA